AUGUCGCACCAACCUACCGUUGUCGAUGACGACAAGCAUUACACCAAGGACCCUGUUGUGAACAGCAAUGGCAGCUACGGGGGAUCUCACGAUGAGGAGGUUGGAGUUGUCACAAAGGGCGAGCCCCUUCAGCGAAACCUGAAGAACAGACACAUGCAGAUGAUCGCCAUUGGCGGUGCCAUUGGUGCUGGUCUUUUCGUCGGUUCUGGUGGUGCUCUUCGAAGUGGUGGCCCUGCCGCCUUGAUUAUCGGCUACAUGAUUGUCGGAUUCAUGUUGAUGCUUACCACCCAGGCCCUCGCGGAGAUGGCUGUCUUGUACCCCGUUAACGGUGCCUUCUACACCUACGUUUGCCGAUUCGUCGAUCCUUCCUGGGGUUUCGCCAUGGGCUGGGACUAUGCCAUCGCCUGGUUGACCGUUUUGCCCUUCGAACUCGUUGCCGCCAGUAUCACCAUCAAGUUCUGGCGCGAUGACCUCAACAUGGGUAUCUGGGUUGCUGUCUUCCUCGUCGUCCUCGCCAUCAUCCAAGUCUUUGGCGUCCGCGGAUACGGAGAGGUUGAGUUUGUUCUCAGUCUCAUCAAGAUUGCUGCCUGCAUCGGCUUCAUCAUCCUCGGUAUCGUAAUCAACUGCGGUGGCGUUGGCGACAAGGGCUACCUCGGCGCCAAGUACUGGCACGACCCGGGUGCGUUCCAGAACGGCUUCAACGGUUUCGCUGGUGUCUUCGUCGUCGCCGCUUUCGCCUUUGGUGGUACUGAGCUCGUCGGUCUUGCUGCCGCUGAGUCCGACAACCCGCGCAAGGCCAUCCCAAUGGCUAGCAAGCAGGUCUUCUGGCGUAUUGCUUUCUUCUACAUUGUCAACCUCUUCAUUCUCGGCCUCAUUGUCCCGGCCAACGACCCCCGCCUCUUGGGUUCCUCCGGCGCCAACACCAAGGCCUCCCCCUUCGUCCUUGCCAUCCAGGAUGCCGGCAUCAAGGUUCUUCCCUCCAUUUUCAACGCCGUCAUCACCAUUGCCGUCAUCUCCGUCGCCAACAGUUGCACCUUCGGUUCCACCCGCACGAUGCAGGCCAUGGCCGAGCGCGGUAUGGCUCCUCGCUUCCUCGCCUACGUCGACAAGCAGGGCCGUCCCAUCUGGUGUGUCCUGAUCCAGAUCGCCUUUGGUCUCCUCGCCUUCAUCGGAGAGUCUGCCGACAGCAGCACUGUCUUCGGCUGGCUCCUCGCCCUCUCCGGUCUCUCCUACUUCUUCGUCUGGGGCUCCAUCUGCCUGGCUCACGUCCGCAUGCGCAUGGCCUGGAAGGUACAGGGCUUCACCCUCGACCAGAUCCCCUACAAGAACCCCUGGGGAAUCUGGGGCAGCGCCGUCGGCCUGUUCCUCAACAUCAUUUGCCUGAUCGCCACCUUCUACAACGCUCUCUACCCCUCUCCCAACGCGCAGCCCGAUGCCACGGCCUUCUUCCAGGCCUACCUCGCCGCCCCGAUCGUCCUCUUCCUCUACCUCCUCUGGAAGCUCAUCUCCCGCGACUGGCGCCUCUACGUGCCCCUCCGCGAGGUCGACCUCAAGUCUGGCGUCGUCCUCGCCGACCCCUCCGACGAGCCCGCGGAAGUCAAGACUUGGGCCAACCUCCCCAAGCGGGUGGCUCGUGCCUUGUUCUAG